AUGCCUCGGAGGACUCCCGUGUCGACUACAACAACGACAACGACGCCUAUAACCCCGUCAUCAUCAUCAUCUCCUUCCCGGUUAAAGCGAUCUAUUAGGGGUGUUCGUAACCUGUUGACGUUUCGGCAUUUGGAUCGAUGGCAUGAUGAACCUGUAGUACCAUGCAAUACCACACCACAACCACAUACCAAUUUACAUGCUGAUGGCAUUGGCAAUAAUAAUACGACUACUAAUGGACUUCCUGAAGUGGCAGUUACAUUGACGGCGGAUGUUUGUGGAAAGGCUGCUAUGGAUUUGUUGACCGUUGUACAUCAUCAACAACCACCACGAUUUGCAGCUCAUGAAUCACCGCUGACAUUGUCAUCCUUAGGUGAUGUUAAAGGAUACGUACACUAUGAACCAAAACGUGGUGUGAUUGGGCUUGGUAAUCGUCCUCCAGGAAACACCAAGCACACACGUUCGAUAUGGUUAACGCUUGAGCAGUAUGCUUGGGUUGUACGGCGACUUCAAGAAGAGGAUGAAUUAUUGGUACAACAACAACAACAAAAUCGUCAUCAUUCCUUUCACCCUAUACGCAACAACAACAGCACCAUCUCGCCCAUGUUGGGUAUACUCAGACAUUAUGAAUCAAAAAAAGCCCAAUCAUCAUCAUCAUCAUCACCAACAUCAUCACCACGCAUGCCUUCUUCUUCUUCACCCAUCUCGGCAACACGACGAUUAUCACGGCUUGUAUUGCUGCAUCCUGCCACACAACGGAUCACUCAUAGCAUACGAGGAGGUGAUCCUGUUCUACUGCUUCCCAAAACAUUGCUUUUGCAUGCAGCAGCUUACAUCCCCAUGACAAAGCCAUUGCCACCUGUUAUUGUCACACACGAAAACUCGCACCAAAGACUGUAUCACCAUCACCAUCCUAAUAGCACGAGUAGCAACAGCAACAACAGUACUACUACGAGUGGUGGUGGUAGUACGAGUAGUAGCAGCAGCAGCAACAGCAGCAAUAGUAGCUAUGGCAACCACAAUACGGUUGCUACCCAACCACCACCAGCACCCUUUCAAUCAAUUUCACCCGAUUUGCAAAACCGAUUGAAACGCUAUGUACAACUCGCAGCCAUGGCAACCCAUCAGCUGACCUUGGAUACUGCAUGUCAUGAGCUUGUAUGUCUUCGGUGCCGCACGAUGAUGCAUGAUGAAGCACUUUCUUAUCUACGUACCAUUCGUCAUGAAAAAAGGCAAACCUUUGACACUUAUCCAGCCCGUUCAUCCUUGGCACCAAUACGACCCUCAUCCGCUAUUCUAUCAUCUACAGCGGCUCUCAGCAGCAAUAGCAGCAGUAUUCACACAACAACAGCGGGCAUUGCUAAUGCUGCUGCUGAGUAUUCAUAUCAAGAUGGCUAUGUGGCUGUGGAUGACGAACGACAAGAGAUCAUUGUCACCUUUCCUGGUACAACAACGAAUGGAGCUGAUCAUCAUAGCUUGUACACCACAUCCUUUGCAACCGUGCCUUGGCAUGAAGAGGAAGGCAUUUAUACACCCGAAGAUGAUCACCAUCAUGGUCGUAAUGAUGAUGCAGGCAUGAUGGACAGGCACACAUGGCGACAUGGAACACACUAUCAGUAUCAGCAGCAUAAUCGACCAUGGGUUUUGGAAGCUGCAGCCGUAGCAUGGCGACGCUGUGAAAUGACCGUGGCAACUGCAUUGAUGCGAUUAUGUCGAAUUACGCCUUGUCAUUAUCGAGUUGUGAUUAUUGGACAUGCAUUAGGAGGAGCGGUAGCUGCAUUGUGUGCAUCGUCAUUGGUUAUGACGGGGCUACUAGUGGAUCGCCCCGUGACAUUGUGUGCCAUUGGUCCACCACGCACGGGUAGCCAUGCCUUCGUCAGCCAUCUUGCAGAACACGUUGAAACCAUUCGCAUCACACAUCCGGAAGAAGAUCCCUUAUCUCAUCUUCCACCACGUACCUCUGGUUUGGUUCACUUUGGCACCACUACCGUUGUCUUGACAUCGGCCAUCAAUAAUACACCACAUCCUCAUGCUGAACAAGAUAUCCGACAGCAAUACCAAUUCGAGGGAAAAAAGAAACAAAAUGCUUGGAUCUUAAGGAAUAGCAGUAACCUCGGCUGGAUCGAGGAUCAAAUCUCCCAUAUAUGGCCACCCUCGGUGUUGCCACGACAACCAUUACCAUCACCACCACCACCACCCAUCCCAUCAACUUCUGCUAGCUUGAAGUCGGCUGCAACUACCACACACAACCAUGAUCUCAAUUCUCCUUAUACAAUUUGGAACAUUCAUCUCCAUGCCAAGGCUUGUCAAUCACAUCCAAUGAGCGAUACAUGGUUACGCGUAGGUUAA